AUCUAUGGUAGCAAAAAUAACAACAAAAUCUCCAUAACUGGCAACCCCAUCGAGCCUCUACGUAUAAAAACCCGGUGCUAUCAAAACAAACCCCUCAGUUUACUCCCAACCAUCAUGCGGUCAACACCCUCACUUGGUCCUGCUGCUCCGUCGUUAUGUCUCCUCUUAGGUUUCUUAGCAGGCGUGGGGGCGUGGAGACUACCCCAGGUGGCGCGGCUUGGGAGACACACGCCUAGGAUGGCUGAUGUACAGAUCGUGGGAGGCAACAUCACCGAACAGGGACAAUUUCCUUCCAUGAUCUCCAUUCAACAUCGUUCUCUGUGGGGCAGCGUACACGUGUGUGGCGGCAGCUUGUUGAACGAUAACCACGUCCUUACUGCUGCCCACUGCGUCAAGGGGUACUCAGGCUCGUCCUUCAACCUUGUAGCUGGUGAACAGAAUCUGGAGAAGGAGUCGGGACUUGAACAGACCAGGAGGAGUGAACACUUUGUCAUGCAUGAUUUCUCCACCACUACAGGAGCCAAUGAUAUAGCUCUUAUUAGGGCCUCGAGUGGUUUCGAACUGGUGGAUGGGCUGGUUGAAUUAGCCCCCUUGCCCUACGAUUACGAGGAGCCUGACGAAGGGACUAAGUGUACUGCUGUAGGCUGGGGCUUCACACAGGACUCAGGAGAGAUUAGUAAUGAUCUUCGCUACGUGGACCUGCCUUACCUGACAGAUGUUGAGUGUCAGUCCAUAUUUGGUGACGAUGCCAUACUGCUAGAUAUGCUGUGUGCUGGUUAUAUGGGCGGCAAGGGCGUGUGUGGGGGUGACUCAGGAGGCCCGCUAUACUGUGACGGGGUACAACAGGGUAUCGUCUCGUGGGGCGCGGAGUGUGACGCUAACCCAGCCGUGUUUACACAAGUCUCCCAUUACCUGGACUGGAUCAAACUCAACAGCGACUCCUAGACAAUGAUCUGAGGUCUUCCUGCUUCACCUACUGGGUGGGGGGG